AUGGCGAAAUUUAAGACCCCAGAAAUGUCUUGGAUUGUACAAGAUUUAAAUCAAGAAUGGCGUCGAUUCUAUAGACAAGCAAUGUGUAUUUUCGAAGGUCCUUUACACGAUAAAGAGGACGGCGUUAAAGUCAGCUAUGUAAAGUUGUGGGUAGGCGAUAAAGGACUUGAUGUAUUUGAAGGAUUUACAUUUGCCCAACCCGCCGAUGCAAAGAAAUUAGACAUUGUACUAAAGAAAUUCGAGGACUAUUGUACUCCACAUAAGCCGUUGGCCGAUACUUUGACAUUAGAAAAGGCUAUUGAAAUCGGACGAAGCCAUGAAACCAAUUUAGCUAGCUUAAAGAAGCUCACGAAAGACGAAGACCUUAUUUGUAUAUGCAAUUGA